CGCUUCGCUCCCGCAUUCUACUAUCCUGUUCUCACUUCUCCCGGUUCUAUUUACGCUCGGCCCCCGCCUCCUCCGUCCACCGCGCGUCUUACCGUUUCGCCGUUUGCCAGAAUCAUGAAGGUGGCCAGUGGUAGCGCCGCGCCCGCCGCGGGCCCCAGCUGCGCUCUAAAGGCUGGCAAGACGGCGGGCGGCGCGGGCGAAGUGGUUCGCUGCCUGUCCGAGCAGAGCGUGGCUAUCUCUCGCUGCGCCGGGACGCGCCUGCCCGCCUUGCUGGACGAGCAGCAGGUAAACGUGCUGCUGUACGACAUGAACGGCUGCUACUCGCGCCUCAAGGAGCUAGUGCCCACCCUGCCCCAGAACCGCAAAGUGAGCAAGGUAGAGAUCCUGCAGCACGUCAUCGACUACAUCAGGGACCUGCAGUUGGAGCUGAACUCGGAAUCCGAAGUCGGAACCCCAGGGGGCCGGGGGCUGCCGGUCCGGGCUCCGCUCAGCACCCUCAACGGCGAGAUCAGCGCCUUGGCGACAGAGACAGCAUGUGUUUCGGCUGACGAUCGCAUCUUGUGUCGCUGAAGUGCCGCCCUCGGGGACCAAUGGACCCCGACCCUCCAGGAGGCAGGAGGAAUAAGUGUUCUCGGUCCCCCCAAGCGCCUCGUCUCGGAGCUGGGGGAAACAAGAUAGACCGGCGGGCCAUGGGUCCCUAGCUGGAUCCAGCCCACAGUUGGGGGGAUUGACGAGAGAAGGCGAUCCUCUCUCCAACACCUCCUUUUGGCAGAGACUUUGGGGAGUUUCCCCGUGUGUUUCUAUUUUUUGAAAAGCAGACUUAAAAAAUGGUCACGUUUGGUGCUUCUCAGAUUUCUGAGGAAAUUGCUUUGUAUUGUAUAUUACAAUGAUCACCGACUGAGAAUAUUGUUUUACAAUAGUUCUGUGGGGUGGUGUUUUUUGUUGUUGUUGUUGUUAUUAAACAAAUACUUUAGACGGUGGUAAA